AGUUGAGCUGCGCUGGGACACAGUGUACAGAGCACGGUGCUCAUUAAACUGAGAUGGAGUCGUGUUUAACGCGGACAUAGUUUGUGGUGGAUCAUUCAUCAUGCACGCAUCCAGCAUUGCUCUCAGUCACACAUUUUGCUGAGAGACACCCUCCACCCUCAGCUCCAGUGUCCCCCCUCCUCCACCUAACAUCAUGGACACUGAUUACCUGCCCAAAGACGGCCUCGCCCAACCCGGCAUCGACUACUUCUCCUGGGGCCCUCGCUUCCAGUUGAUCGGCCUGGGUUUUGCCUUCUACACUGCCGUUUUCCUCCUGUCUCACCUGCUGUCCAUAGCCCUGUCGCAGACCUACCGCUCCCUGCUAGCCAAGGAGAAGGUCUUCUGGAACCUGGCAGCCACCCGGGCCGUCUUUGGCAUUCAGAGCACUGUAGCUGGCCUCCGGGCUCUGACUGAGGACUCGGCACUGGCCAGAGACAGGGUGAGGGGCCAGGAGGACUGGUCGUGGUUCAACAUCCUCACAGCCACGGGCUUCUUUGUGUUUGAGAAUGUCGCCCUCCACGCCUCCAGUGCGGUGUUUCGGUCCUUCGACCUGCCCCUGGCCACGCACCACUUCUUCGCCCUGUCGGGGUUCGCGGGGGCCGUGGUGUGGGACUCCCAGGGCCACUACCUGCCGAUGAUCACGCUCCUGCUGGAGAUGAGCACGCCGUUCACCUGUGUGUCCUGGAUGUUACUGAAGGCUGGCUGGGCCCGCAGCUUGUUUUGGAGAGCUAACCAGUGGAUCAUGAUCCACAUGUUUCACUGUCGCAUGGUGCUCACCUACUACAUGUGGUGGGUGUGCUGGAGCCACUGGGGAGAGAUCUGCACCCACGUGGCCCUGCCCCAGCGCGUGCUCUUCUUCACCGGCCUCACCCUCCUCACCGUUCUCAUCAACCCCAUCUGGACGCACAAGAAGACCAUGCAGCUCCUCAACCCCGUGGACUGGAACUUUGGCAACAAGCCCGCACCCCAAAACGGCGUCGCAGCGAACACGUCUGAGGCUUCUGUCAAACCCCAUGCCAGCUGAAGUGCCCUGAGAAAGUCUGGUUGUUGCAGGUCACAUGUUUACUGAAUCUUUUUUACUGAAUGUGUGAGGUGAUUUGAGAGUGGCGAAAGAGACUUGGGUAUUUUUAAGCCUUAUCUUAUCAGAUUUUAGGCUGUACUGUGUUUUUUUGUUUUUAUUGUGUUAUAGCAUUAGAAUAGAAAGGCCCUUGUGUUAAGACUAGAUUUUGCUUCUUUUAAAAAACAAAAAAAGAUAGAAAAAAGUGUCCUAAUUUGUCAUUGAUGGCAAUAGGUCUUUAAGUCACUAUGUAGUUACUGUGUAGUAAUGAUGCUGUCGUCUUCCAUGAGGCUUUAUUAUCAGGCUAUUUUGGCUCUAUUGUGUUGUUUAUCCAGAGGGAAGGCUAUUAAUUUAGCUUGCAGAUGGCUUUUACCAGGGAGAUGUGAUUGUGUGAAGCAGUGGAAUGAGGCGUUGGCUAGUUUGAAGUGCCUCCAGGACACAUUGCUUCGAAAUAUGCACAAAUAAGCAUGCUUGGUCAUUUGUUCACAAUAGGCAGAGCACACAAAACAGCAGUUCUUGUAAGAGCCCUUCUGAAAAACCAACUUGCAAGACAAGUUAAGAACUCAUAGUCCUCAGACUUGGAGUCUUAAAUUGCAUCAAAAGCAAUUUAUUUAAAUGGAUUAACAGAAUUACACACCUUGUCUGGCUCAGAGAGGAGUGUGCAGGUUUUAGUGUGCUGCUGGCUCGCUGUGCUCUGUCGCUUUUAUAGUGAAGUUGAGUGUGUCUUUUUGGUGAAACAACCCUAGUAACGUAGUGUGUGUAUGAGAAUACAACAUGAGGGAGUUGGAAGAGGCCAUGCUCUGUCUCAUCUGUCUCAAGUCAUGAAAGGACCUUUGGAGUACAGUAGCAUCAAGAAUGUAGCCCUUUUUCAACAUGGGUCCAUUGAUCCUUUCAUAACAGGCAUACCUCUUUAAGUGCUGAUGAGGCAGGACAUGAAAAUGGUUAAAUCUGAAGACCAAGGCUCAGUUGGGUUAUCAAUGGAGCCACUCAGCAGUAAGUGGACAAUUAGAUCAGUCUGUUAGUGGGUCACGAUGGUGGUUGGCUGUAUGCAUUUUUAGGCUGUGAAUUCUGUUUUAGCAGAAAAUGAAGACUGUUAUCAUAAUUUAUUUUUUUUUUUUAAAUCAACAAAUAGUAUUACAUCAGACAAACUGGGGCUAAUCUGAUCACCUACGUCGAAGAAACUUUUCAGUUGGUCUGCUUCGUAAUUGAUUUGCUGUCCCAAAUCAAAGAGUAACGUGGAGGCUAAAUUGAAACAAUGUGACACAAAAUAAUCAAGCAAACUAAUGAUGAGGAUGAUCGCUGUUAUUAUUGCUACUAAUACUUUGGUAUUAUGAGUCAAUGAUAAUAAUGAAAAAGUCACAACACUGACAAAAAAUAACUGGUCGGUAAGUAAUUCUAAAAAAAAUUUGGUUUGUGUUUUUUCAACUUUUGCCUCAUCAAAAUUCAAGUUGCGUGUUUUACAUGUUUCAUACAGUACAAUGGUCUCAUUGUAUAGGAGAUGUUGGCCUUGUGGGUGGGCUUUGUCCAUUGUAAUAAGUUUGUCACAGAGUAUUUUUGUUUGGUUGAAUGGACAAUUUGUGGUAGUAGUCUCCGUUAGCUAAACUGUGUGAGGGUUGGGAUGUUGGAAAUGUUUGACGUGGAUUUAUAAUGUUUUGAUAUGAUGUGUAUGCGACAUUUGGACCCUUUUCUGACACACUCUUGUAUAUCCAGAUCAUGACUGUAAUGAUUCAGCCGUUAACUUUCACAUGAUUUUGCAGAAUUAUGACAUUACAAAUAUGUGUGGGCUUUGCCAGCAUUAUAAGCACAUAGCUAAUUUCAGUUGAUUGCUUUAGAUUUGUUUUGUUUUUUUUUUUAAGUUCUUUUUCAAGUUGCUGCAUUUCUACCAUCAGUAUUAACAGGUCAAUUCUUCAUCUAGUGGAUAUCAUGCUGCAUCUUACAGUUAAUAAUCACACUGGAAAAAAUGUUUUUAAGCAGUUUGGAUUUAUUUAAAUUUACAGAUUGAAAGAUGCAGGUGUAUGUCGGUGAACACAUGCACCGUGUCCUUGCAAUUUCAGAGUACCAGGUAUGGAGUUGAAGGGAUUGUGGCAUUGCUAUGGAUUCUCCCUGAAUUGACCAGAUCUGUUCUGCAUGUAAUGAUCACACUAUAACUGUUUUGCUUAAGUUAUACUCAGAUGAAAUGUAAUAAUAUUUAAAUGCGGAACACUUGACUCAUGGUGUCAGUUUAGAAAUAACAUCAAGGCAUGUGGUUUCCCUGUACUGUAUGAUCCCCAUCAUAUACCAGAAGAUGUCAUCUCUGUGUUGGGAAAUGUAUUCAUUUGAGUUAAGUUUGAUACAAUAAAAUUUGUGUCUCCACAUCA